AGUAUGUUUUUGCGUUUGAAAGAGAAUCAUCACUUGUGUGAUAAAUAAAAAGUGGCGAAAGCAACUUGAAGGAAAACUUAAUUGACUUAAUAGCUCAUACAAAAGCAUCAUUAAGCGUUAAAUUUGUCGUUUGUCAACAUCGCAAAAUUCUCUUACUGCGUACAUUUAUUUGUUCAGUGCAGUUCAAAAAAUUAUCAAGUUAAUUUCUAUUUUUAGUCGAACAGUGUUCUCUGAUUCUCACUCACUUUAAUAAUCCCUAAAAAUAAAAACUUCACAGUCUUCACAAAAUGAUCAUCUUUGACCGCUUUCUCUGUUGCAUCAGCUUGAAAACGUUUGGAAAGUUUGUAGGAUGGGUUGGGUCGAUGGGAGCGAUAAUGAUGGCUUACGCUAUGUUUCUAAUCUAUAGCGUCAAACCUGAAAACUUAAGAGGAUUCAAGGAUUAUCACAUCAAAUCUAGUUCUAUAACCACUGAGGAUGUUCACAUUUUUGCUGGAAUAUCAUUUGCUUUACUGCUUUUGUUUACUUUGAUUCACAUUUUACUGAUUAUUGGAAUUAAAUUUAUUAAAUCGCUGGCUAUCAUCCCACACAUUCUUUUGUCAGUCUUUGGAACUGCCGCAGCAAUUUGUCUGAUUCCAUCUGAGGUUCAUCUAAGUGCGACUGAUGAUCAUGAAGCAACUAAGGUCGAGUUGAUAAUUGCUUACAUUAUGAUUAUAAUAUUCAGUGUUUAUUUUACUCUCUGCAUUUAUUCGCUCUAUGAGUUGAUUAAGAUUGAAGAAAAGAGAAGAAAAAGUUAUAGAAAUUGUGAAUCAGUUUUCAUCACAAAAAUCCCGAAAUAACAUCAAAAUGAAGAAAUUGCGAAACCCUCAGGAGAAAAAUCAAGACAAGCAUUUUUCAUUCAUUUCUUUUAUUUUCAUCAUUUAAUAAACAAAAAAAAAUAUAAAAGAAUAUUUUGGAAAUGUGAAAACAAAAGUUAAUUAAAGAUUAAUCGAAGAGUCAAAUAAAAUUCAAGAAGGUUGAAAAAGUUCAUAAAUUAAUAAGUUACCUGUCAUGAAAUGAAUUAAGAAAAUUAAAUAUUUAUUCAGUUUGAGCUAUCAAUUAUGUUUGUAAACAAAAAUAUAAAUCAAAGUUAACUCAUCUAAUCAUGGUCAAUAAAAAAAAUAUUAGCAGUUAUAAAAUCCGAGAAAGUUCCAUAAGUGAUGAUCAUAUAAAUAUGUAACUGAAUGAGCAUUGCCUCAUUUAACGACCAACAAGUGAGCAAUCUCAGCGCAUGGAGGAAAUUCAGAAGCUCCAUGAAAUGUUGGCAAUAAAAAUUUUAAUUUCCUUCCUCUAAACAAUCUGAAUAAUGCUUUUGGGAUUAAUGAUUUUCAAACUCAAAAAUAUUAUUCAAGUUUUUUCAUUUUCUUCCUACGUUUUUUUUCUUUAUUUCUCA